UGUUUGUGUGAAAGGAAUUUAUGCAGACUUUAACCCUUAUCGUCAACGUCGCUUCCUUUUGUUGAAUCAAUCAUACACAUAAUCUCAUUACCAAGCAUCUUGGAAUCUACGGUUGUUCUUGCGUACUUGUUAAGCAGUACAGUGAGGACGCUAAGAACAUAUACGAUGCAGAUAGACACAGUUUUCUACUUCACAUGUUCUUGACCUUCAACAACCAUAGUUUUCUACUUCUGCAACCAAACUCAAUUCAAUUUCGUGUCUUUCGUAGAAUACCUCAAUUUCCAAGCUUCAAACAAAAUGUUUUUUGACGGAUAUCACACGACUUCAUCAUUUCACCAGACAUAUCGAUGUUACUCUGCUUCAUUUAUUGAAAAGCCCGAAAUCGAAAAUGGUGAUAAAAUUAUAAUGCCUGCUUCAGCCCUUGAUCAUCUAGCAUUUUUACGCAUCGAUUAUCCUAUGAUGUUUGAACUCACAAAUGGUGCUUCUGAGCGGGUUUCUCAUUGUGGGGUUCUGGAGUUCACUGCAGAUGAAGGAACUAUAUAUAUGCCAUACUGGAUGAUGCAGAAUAUGCUUUUGCAAGAGGGAGACACCGUAAGAGUUAAAUAUGCAUCACUACCAAAGGGAACAUACGUUAAGUUGCAACCCCACACAAAGGACUUCUUUGAUAUCUCCAAUCCAAAAGCUAUAUUAGAGACGACUUUGAGAAAAUUUUCAUGCUUGACUACUGGGGAUACUAUCAUGGUGACAUACAACAACAAAAGGUAUUACUUGGAUAUUAUAGAAACAAAGCCUGCUAAAGCUAUAAGCAUCAUCGAGACAGACUGUGAGGUGGACUUUGCUCCUUCCUUGGAUUACAAGGAUCUUGGAAAGCCUAAUAUUGCAGACAAAACACAAAACAAAGGUAAGUUCAAUCCAUUUUUUGGGACUGCCAGACGCUUGGAUGGAAAACCAAUUCCUGCUGUUUAUUCAUCACGGCAUAAAAACAAAGAUGUUCCAAAUGUAAAUGCACUGUCUUCGACAACAUCUCCAUCCGGGGGAAAGCUAGUAUUUGGAUCAAACUUUUACCGUACAAAAGAAACAGGAAAGGAAGAGAUCGAGCCAAAACAAGAACCAUCCCAGCAGAAGCAACCAAAAUUUCAGCCUUUCAUUGGGAGGAAGUAUUCCCUGAGGGGUUGAGUGACAUGAAAUCAAACCAUAGAUUGUAAUUUGCUAAGCUGGCCCUGUAUGAACCGAUUAAAACAACGAACUGAGCAUUGGAGUUGCCUUUGGUAAUCAAAAGUUAAAGGAAAUAGGAGAAUGUUACAUUCAAGAUUAGGUGCAUAAUAACUUUUGUAAAUCAAUAACUAGUGUGUUGUGUACUAGUUUUAUAAUAAAUAGAGGAUAUAAUAGUAGUAAGUUAUCAGCGUAAUGUCCAUUGCUAAUGAAUAUCAGGCUUCUUGUUUUGGCUGAAUGUGACAUCGAUUGUUAGGAAUGUUGUCAUAUUUCUUUGUCA